AUGCCUUCUAUAGCUGCAGCUCGUUACGGCAAGGACAAUGUCCGAGUCUACAAGGUCGAGAGACAAGCUGAUGGCACGCAAAUCGUGACUGAGAUGACCGUCUGUGUCUUGCUCGAAGGUGAAAUUGACGUCUCCUACACCAAAGCCGACAACAGCCCCGUCGUGGCCACCGAUUCAAUCAAGAACACAAUAUACAUCAAGGCCAAAGAGCACCCAGUGACCCCUCCUGAGCUCUAUGCCGCCUACCUGGGAACUCACUUCGUCGAGAAAUAUGCACACAUCCACACCGCAAACGUCAGCGUCAUCACACACAGAUGGACCAGAAUGACAAUUGACGGAAAGCCACACCCACAUUCCUUUUACCGCGACGGUUCAGAAGUUCGCACAGUCGAAGCCAAGAUCUCGAAGAACAACAUUGCCAUUCGUAGUGGGAUCAAUGGCCUCUUGGUGUUGAAGAGCACCGGCUCCCAGUUCCACGGUUUCGUACGAGACGAAUUCACCACCCUUCCGGAGGUCUGGGACAGAAUCUUGAGCACCGAUGUGGAUUGCGGAUGGGCAUGGAAGACAUUCACAAGCAUGUCUGCGGUGGAGGAAGCUACUCCUAAAUUCAACAGAGCUUGGGAAGGCGCGAGAAGCAUUACCAUGAAGACAUUCGCCGAGGAAAAUAGUCCAUCUGUACAAAACACCAUGUACAAGAUGUGUGAGUCCAUCCUGGAGCUGGUUCCAGAACUCGACACCGUCAAUUACAAACUUCCAAACAAGCAUUAUUUCGAAAUCGACCUCUCUUGGCACAAGGGUAUCAAGAACACGGGAAAAGACGCAGAAGUCUACGCACCCCAGUCUGGUCCUAACGGACUCAUCGAGGUCACCGUCGCUCGUUCUCAAGCUUCCAAGCUAUAA